AAGUAUUUCAGCGCAGUGCUUAUUCCUUCGAGAAAAGGCAAUGGCGAUGGUUGUCUUACUGCUGCUUCCGCUAAUUCUACAGCAUUGUAGCUGUUCACCGAUUGAAAGCGAUAAAGAGUUAAAAUUGGAUCAGCGGAAUUCUUCUGAAUACUCAAUUCUACUGAAAAUGAAUCAAAUUAUUGAAACGGUUAACACGUUUAAGCUGGGUUGGAAUGGCGUGGUAAUAAAAAUAGAGACGACCAAAAGAGAUAUCAUAAACGACUUUAGUCAAUAUCUACAAUAUACUGAACAGGAGAAAGUUGAAGGCCCAUACGUUCCUUUUCAUCAUGGUUACAAUUCCCCUAGGGAAAAAUCUGAGGAAGAUGUACGCAGCAUGAUGUCAAGUGUCGUUGAAAAUUUUGCCUCCGAUAUCUCCACAGGAAUAGAUAUGAUUCAGAACAAAAUGGCUGUCUUACAACCCCUGGUUGAGUUACAACUGAAAAUGUGUAAAUACUGUGAAAAAAAGAUUCAAUGGGCCAAUCAGAAUAUUCUUGUCGUCGAGAAAUCCUUACAAAAUUUGAUGGACAAAUCACAAAACGGAUUUCAGGUUAUUACCAAAAUGUACGAAAAUUUUAGAGCCUACAGAUUAAAAAUAAUAAAAGCUAAAGAACAAAAGUUAAAGAAUAAUAUCUGUUCUAACACCGAUGAGUACUAUAAAGUAUUGUGCGAAAAAUUCCCAAACCCUAAAAAAGAUCUCGAAAUUGAUACCUUUCGGGAAGAAGAUAUGGUUACCGUUCCGGGGAAAUGGUGAAGAAUAUUUCAUUACUCAUUUAGAAAUUCAUAUGAUUAUUUAUUCUAACACCACUGUAAUAUUAUAUAACUUGUAGUAGCAUAAAUAAAAUGAAUGCAAAAUCGAAA